GUGUGUGUGUGAGUGUGUGUGUGAGUGUGUGUGUGUGUGUGUGUGUGAAUCAGUGGUGAGUGGAGAUGGAGCUGUGUGUGUUCUCCGUGUUCCUGGUGUGUGUGUGUGUUUAUGUGACACUGCAGCUGAUUCGCUUCAUCGCUGCUGAUGCUGAUUUGUCUGUGCUGUGGGCGGCUGCAGUGGGGAAAAGUCCAGACGUGGCUCUGAGGCAGAAGGUGGUGUGGAUCACCGGAGCUUCCAGUGGGAUCGGCGAGGAGCUGGCGUAUCAGCUGGCCGCAGUCGGAGCUCGACUCGUGCUGUCUGCACGCCGAGAGAACGAGCUGAACAGAGUCAAGAGGAAGUGUUUGGACCUCUCCUCUUUAGAAGACGAGGACAUUCUUGUUCUUCCACUUGAUUUGUUGGACAGAUCGAGUCACAGAGAGAAAACCGACGUGGUUCUGCAGCAUUUCAGCAAGAUAGAUGUGCUGGUGAAUAACGGUGGGCGGAGUCAGCGCUCUCUGUUUGUCGACACCCACGUCGAUGUUUACAGCAGUCUGAUGGAGCUCAACUACCUGGGAACCGUCUCCAUCACGCAGCACGUCCUGCAGCACAUGAUCCAACGUGGCGACGGUAUCAUAGCAACCGUCAGUAGCAUCGUGGGCCUGGUGGGAGCACCGCUGUCCACCGGAUACGCAGCCAGCAAACACGCGAUUCAGGGUUUCUUCAAUUCCUUAAGGACAGAGCUGACCGAUUAUCCAAACAUUACCAUCAGUACCAUCUGCCCCGGACCGGUCGUGUCCCAAAUCGUCCACAACGCCUUCGCUGAGCAAGUAAACAAGCCGCUCUCUAACGUAGGAGAUCAGUCCCAUAAGAUGUCGACCGAGCGCUGCGUGCGUCUGAUCGUGGUCGGUCUGUCUAACCGUGUGAAGGAGAUGUGGAUCGCUCAGCAGCCGUUUCUUCUCUUUUUCUACUUGUGGCAGUACACGCCCACUCUCGCCUGGUACAUCACCAACCUGCUCGGCAGGAAACGCGUGCAGAACUUCCAAGCCGGACUGGACGCAGACACGGCGUAUUUUACCAAGACAAAGGCCAAGACCAGCUGAAACCCGGCACUGAUUAACUGCAUUAGAGUAAUAAAUACGGUACUGUGUAUAGAAUAUAACGUAUAGCACCGUAGAUCUACACACACACACACACUCGAAUCUGUACGCUUCACACCUCGGAAACUCAGGAUACACCCCUGAACACCGCUGACUGUUAGAUCGCAGAUAUCUAACCGGCUUGUUGCUCGUCCUGAGCUCCGGUCCUGCUGCAGCGUGAAGAAUUCAUUCUCUUUGUUUCUGCAGUACUCUUUACGGUCCUGCGGUAAAAUGUAGAACCUGAUGUUUAAUCUUCACAUUUUAAUCGUCUCUGCACGACACUGGGUUAAAUUCAAAGGAAUGUUUUAUACAUGUUGAUCUAUCAAGUCUCAUGGAUUUGAUUCUGUAUUGAACAGAGACUUAAAUAAAUAAAUAAAUGCGCCCUGGGCCACUAGAGGGCGCCAAACGCUCGUUCUUUAA